AUGUAUGGUCCAGGAGGAAAACAUGCCAUCUUUCCGGUGGUAUCUCCGAAUUGGAGAGUGAAUAACGCUUAUCUAGACCGGUUCCUUGUGCAAGAAGGCUACCUCUCUAUUACACUGGGGACAGACCAUCUUCCUAAAGCCUACAAAACCAACCCACCCUUCUAUUCCAUCACCAUCACCGCAACGCAACGCCAGCCUCGACCUGCACCUCGGCUAGGAAUUUUGGGGAAAUGUGAAAUAUGGGGAGAGGAUGGGUUAGAUCAACUGCGACGGGUUGUGGUACGGGGACAUUUCAUGUUCCCUUGCUGGGCAUGCGAUGGGGUCUGUGACAGCGCAUACGACCACCGGAACUGCCCAUAUGGCAUCAUGAAGGUGGAUCCCGCCCUCCUCCACCCUCGCUUCGACAAAGCAGGCGUCCCCGAAACUCCGUUUUUUGCGUACCAAAUGAACGAGAUCUGGCAAAGUAUUCCCAACGAACGCCAUUUGCGCCUCACCCUCGCUUAUCCACCUGGUUACCAGCGCGAUAUUACCACUUGGUAUCAGUACUACCCCCCUACGGCAGUCUUUACAACAGAAAUGGAGGCCGAGUACGUGCGCGCAGAACAGCGACGGAGGGGGUGGGUGACAGAGGAUGACGGGGAAAGGAGGCAUCGACUCAUAGAGGAAUCACGGGAGGAGCGUAAACUUGCCCAUCGUGCCGUCCGACUCGCACGGCUGGUGGCAGAGACGUGCCAAGCAAAGUACAUGGAGCGCACGUACCAUCGUUUUUUGAGAUCGAUUGGAAUAGGAUGUGAGGACGGAGAAAGAGGAGGCAGGGGCUAG